GAGUUUAAAAGCUGCUGCAGGACUGCAGACAUUCACAGGAAGCUGGACCAGCAAUGGCUCUGCUGAAGGUUCUGCUGCUACUGCUGGGGCUGGGUGCUUCAGUGAACUCAGAUGUUUCUCUGCAGAAGAGAAUCAUUGGAGGUUAUGACUGUGGUGGCAAUGAGCGUCUAUAUCAUGUCCGGCUGGUCAGCAGAAAUGGUACUCAUAGGAGCCGCUGUGGAGGAUCUCUGAUCCACCCUGAGUGGAUCCUGACUGCAGCUCACUGCUGGAGGUCGGAGGCAGGAUGGUAUAACAUAGCAAUGUUGAAAGUUCAUCCACGGAGGGCUAAACAGCAGAAUCAGAUCAUCCGACAUGCUCCUGUGAUUUAUACUCACCGUGGCUGGCAGAAUGACAUCGUGUUGCUGAAGCUUCGGAGACGAGUAACAGAUGUCCCACCUGCUCAGCUACCAAAAUGCAAUAAUCUUCCUCAAAAAGGCGAUACAGUUCAGCUGGCAGGGGAGGGAUCAACAACAGCCGGCCCCAAUAAUAAGCGAACACCCUUUGCUACUAUUUUACCACAUCUUCAGUGUGUCGACAUGAAAGUUACUGCUGCGUCAAACCUGGAGCCGUUAUGUGGGCAUAUAUUACUUACUGAAACACCAAACAAGGAUAUAUGUCUUGGGGACUCUGGUGCAGCAGUGGUGUUCAAUGGCAUGAUUUAUGGUGUGAUUUCUGAAUGUUUUGAAGAAUAUGCAUGUCAGAAACCAGUUAGAAACAUGGAUGUGUGUGAGUACAUGGAUUGGAUAAGCCAAACAAUUGGGCUUAAAUAAAACAUAAACUAUCAUGAAAUAAAACUCUCAUCAAAUUUCCUCAGAUAUAAUUUUCUAGUUGUAUCUUCAUCAGUUUGUUGCACAGGUUUAUAGAAUUAGGAUAAAUGAAUAGUUUUGUUUUUUCCA